GUUCUUGUUAACCCAACCACCCACCUCUCCCCCUCCCUUGCCUCAGGGCCUGUCUCGCCAGUCUGAGAUGAUGAAGACCAGACGAAAAAGCAAGGCAGCAGCGGCAGCUGCUGCCGCAGAGGCCGUGGCCCCUCAGGAGGUCUCGACGAGGGAGAACUCUCCCGUACCGACUCCAGCCACACAUGAUGCCAUAAUGACUGUCGCGGUCCCGGAGGACGUCGAUGCUAGCGUACUCUCUGGUCUGUUGCCAGAGAUUGAUCUACGUGCUCCUUCACCAGAUGCGAUCGUCGCUCUGUAUCGCCUUGUGGUCGCUCAGGCUUCUGACGGUGACGCCACUCAGCGUGAGCUCGAGGAGGCUCGUGCUGAGAUCGACCGCAAGAAUGUAGAGCUUGAGCAGGCAUUGCAGGACAAGGAGUCCGCAACUUCAGAACUUGAGAGCACCCUCGACACCGUGCGGAAGGAGCUCGAACAGGUCAGACGAGAGAAGGAUGAGCUCGGUGCGUACCAGGUGGCGGGUGCGCGCAUACAACACUUAUGUCUCUCCGUAGCCACUUCCCGUGCUUCCCUGCAAGCACAGAUGUCCACAAUGUCGACCACGCAGUCCUCCUCCUCUGUGGAGGUUGAGGCGCUCAAGCACAAGAUUGAAGAUACGGAACGCGAGAAGCGCAACCUCGUCACGGUCGUAAGCAGGCUCAAGGAUGACAGUGCACAACGUGAAGACGAAAUCCAGACUCUUCGCACGAACCUCAAGCAAGCACGGCAGGACCAUCAGGCACUGGAAAGUCAACUUCGGGAAUUGCGCUCGGCGGAAACCGCUGCGAAGUUCAAGGUCGAUUCGCUAUCUCAACAGUUGAAACUCUCCCAGGAACAUGCCGAGCGGAUGUCUAGCGACCUCAACGCCAAGGUCGAGGAGUAUGCCAACUACCGCCGGACGAAGCAUGCGGAGUUCGCACAGUUGCAGACACAGCAUGACUCGCUCGUCCAGGGACAUGUUGCGACGGAGAGCCAGUUGAAGGCGCUCCAGUCCGCACAUUCGACCCAGUCUCACCAGCUGACGCAGGCACUCGCAAGGGUGCAGACGCUCCAAGGUCAACUCGCGGAACAGGAGGCGACCUUCUCCAGCGAGGCCGCCAGCCUCAAGCGGCUUGUGGAGAUGAUGGAGGCGCGCGAAGCCCAGGCGAAGGCAAUUGUCGAGGGCAUUGAACAGGACUACGCGGGCAUCAACGAGCGUGCAGGCCGACGGGAGGCGGCACUCAAGGAUGAGAUCGAGGACCAACGCCAGCGCGCGGAGCAGGCGGAGAAGCGGGUGGAGGAGCUCGAGGCGGUGAUGGAGAGGUUGGACCGUGGCGAGUUCCCUAUGCCAUCGUUCAGCUCGGAGGCGUUACAGGGAACGCCGCGCACGCCUGCUCGUACACCGGGCACGCCGUCUCUGAUGAUGAACGGCACGCCGGACUUCCUUUCGCAGAGCAUCUUGGGUCUCAGUCCGACGGUCGCGAUGGCGAGCCGGGUGCAGAGGAAUGGCAAGACGUUCACGGAGGUUUAUGCCGACUACGUCCGGUUGCAGGAGGAUUAUGCUAGGAAGUCGGCGGAGUUCGACAACAUGGAGGGGACGUUGUCUACCGUAUUGGGUCAGAUUCAGGAGAGGGCACCCAUCUUGACUCAACAACGCGCCGAGUACGAACGCCUGCAACAGGAGGCCACACAACUCGCGUCACAGCUCUCACAAGCACUGGCCGAACGUGAUGCAUACGCUCAGUCUUCCGACGAGACUGCGCAGAAGUUCGCGAAGAGUUCGCGCGAGAACGAUCUUCUCCAGAAACAACUCAAUGAUCUUGGUCGGCAGAUCCGCAUGCUUCUCAAGGAACUCGGUCGCAUUCAGGACCCCACCAUCCCGUCCGACGCGGAGUUGGAGCUCGACGAGAACCCCAGGCCAGCCGAGACCAUUGAGGAGGUCAUAACGAAUCACCUCGUCCUCUACCGCUCGAUCCCUCAGCUCCAGGAGCAGAAUCAGAAGCUGCUCAAGGUCGUCCGGGAGCUUGGAACCAAGAUGGAGUCAGAGGAGAAGGAGUACCGGGAGACUCUGGAGCGUGAACAGAGCGAGGCCGUCAUGGAGGCUCACGGCGCGAUCAAGCAGCUCCAGGAACAGCUCGAGAGCCAGGCGAAGAGCAGUGAGAUCACCAUUCAAGCGUACAUGAAGGAGCGCGACUCGCUAAGGGCUCUGCUCGCGAGGGAGCGUUCCGGCCAACCCCCUGUUACUGUCAACGGUGAUAUUAACGGCGACAUUGUCCCGGCUCCGGCUUCGGUGCCGACUCCUCAGACCAACCUGCAGAAGGAGCUUGUUGAGGCCCAGACCCAGUUGGAGAUGUACCAGAACGAGAUGGGCGUGGAUUCUGUCCGCUUGAGGGAAGAAGUCGUCCUUGCUCAGCGUGACGCAAACCAGCUGCGUGUGUUGCUUGCCAAGGCGAACGCGAAGAUCGAAUUUAUGGACGAACGUCACCGCAUGAUCCAAGAUCAGUCGACGGCACAGAACCGCGAAUUGGAUAGCCUCUCGAAGCGGAAUCAAGACCUCUACGAUCAGUACAUGCGUAUCGACAUUGAGUGUAACCGUGUCUCGGAGGAGUUCCUCGUUGCCAAUGGACAGCUUGACAAGCUUCGGAACGAGUGCGCCAAUCUGCGUGCUGAGAGGAAGAUUUGGCAGAGCGUGCAGGAUCGUUUGGAGGAGGAGAACCGCAUCCUCAGUGUGGAGCGCUCUCAUUUGUCAGAUCUGAUGCAGAACGUGCAGAAGAUGCACAGCGAUCUCGAGCGAUCGGGCGAGAACGACCGACGCCGACUGGAGAGCCAGAUGCAGAUGCUCGAGAACCAGACUCAAGAUCUUCGGACGCACUUGUCGGCGGAACGCGACACUCUCCGUCAUGUCUCUCUGCAGAAGGACAUCGAAGUAAAGGAAUUGCAAUCCCGCGUUGAGAAGACCACAGCGGAGUUCUCGAAGACUCGUGAGGCCCUCAUCGCGGCGGAGACGAGCAAGAAACAUCUCGAGGAACGUGUUGAGGAACUGACCAGGCAGUUACACGGUAAUGAAGAGAAGCUGGCUGUGUAUGAACGUCGUGCCACCGGUGUCAAUGGCAUCGCCCCACAGCGCACCGGCGAAGACAUGACGCGGGAGCAACAGCUUGAAGCUGAGGUGGCCGAUUUACGCUCUGCCUUGAAGGUUGCUCAAGUGGACCUGUCUACUGCACGGAGCCACGUUCAGCAGUUCCAAGAGAUAAGUCAAGCAAAUGAGACGGCCUUGGCUACUUUGAACGCAACUUACGAUGAGUACAAGUUCUCGACCGAGGCCGAGCUCACGAGACGCGCGUCCGAGUUUGAUGCUUUGCAAGCGAAAUUGCAAGCCGUCCAACAGGAGCUUGAUCAGUUGUCGCAGAAGCACGCCGAGCUUCAACGGACCCUGGAGACUGACCGGAUAGCUUGGGCGAACGAUCGAAAGACGCUCGAGGACACCAUCAUCGACAUGAGCACGUCCGAGAGGAACACCGAGAACGAUCGUGUCUCGCGCGAAAGUGAGGUCAGGCAACAAGAGCAACGGGCACGGGCUGCCGAGGAGCGCUACGCGAGUGAGGUUGUUGCUCAUGCCGAGGCUCUCAAAGCUAUCACGGACCUCAAGGAACAGCUGGCACGGGUGCGCGUUGCGGCACGCGAGAAAAGCGCUGUCGCAGAGACCGCGGAAGCCAAGCUGGCAGCGUCCGAAUCCAGCUGGAGGCAACAGAAGGAGGCUAUGGACAAGGAGAUCGUGGACCUCAAUACAAGAUGCAAGGAACUCAAUGUGCAGAACGGUCUACUGCAUCAGCAUCUCGAAUCAGUCAGCUCGCAGGCGGCACGCAUCAAGCAAGCAGCGGACACUUCAGCUCCUUUAGCGGGAGAAGCAGACGAUGCAGAUACCAAGGUCUCAGAAUUGCGUUCUGUCGUCGCAUACCUGCGCAGGGAGAAGGAGAUCGUCGAGUUGCAACUGGACCUGAGCAAGCAGGAGAAUGCGCGCCUGAGGACCCAAGUUGAUUAUCUGUCGCACAACCUUGAAGAGACUCGCAAGACGCUCUCGGAAGAACGUGAGCGUGCCGUUGAGGCCACGUCAUCCGAGGCCCAGCAUGCUGAGCUUGUUGAGAGGAUCAACCAACUUACCAUUCUGCGGGAAAGCAAUGCUACUCUCCGUACUGACUGCGAGUCGCAUGCGAAACGUGCUCGCGAGCUGGAUGCCAAACUUCGGCAGUUGUCUUCCGAGCUGGACCCGACGAAAGAGCAGCUGCGUAUCGCGCAGGCCGAACUCGAAGCGAAGGAUCAACAGAUCUCAGGUCUGGAAGACGAAAGCCGAAGAUGGAAAGAGCGCAACACACAGCUCCUCAGCAAGUACGAUCGUAUCGAUCCCGCAGAGGUCCAAUCCCUCAAGGAUGAGAUUGAGCGUAUCAAGGCAGCCAAGGGAGAGAUGGAGAAUGUUGUCAAGGAGCGCGAUGAACAAUUGACUCAGCUGCAAGAGAAGGUUACUGUCGCAGACACGACCAUCAAGAACCAGAGGGAGAUCGGCCAGAAGAACAACCAGAAGUACAGGGCCAGUUUCGAACAGUUCACUGCGACGAAGGCCGAACUCAAUGGGCAGAUCGCUCAGCUACGGACCGAACUGCAAACUGUCACCGCUGAGAGGGAUCAGUUGAAGUCACAGCCUCCUGCUAUCUCCCCAGACCCGUCGAAGGAGCAGGAGUUGACUCAACAACUGGAGUCACUGCGCUCGGAGAAGGAUGCGCUCGAGAAAGCACUAGCGGACGAAAGAGCAGCACAUUCGAGCGCUGCCGCUCCUGUGGCCACUCUGCAAGCCGCGAUUGCAUCAUUGACGGAAGAGCGAGACAAGCUCAGCCAGGAGAAGGCCACAUGGACGUCUUCGGCUGCUACCUCAGGGGACUCGUCGCAGAUACCGCAGGAAUGGGAGUCUGAGAAGAACGAGCUCAUCAAGACCCGUGAUGAGGCCCUCGCUCAGGCCAAGGCUUCCGCUGAACAAGCACAGAAAGCCACCGAAGAGGCCAAGAGCAUUCGUUUUGCGAACGAGAAGUUCCAGUCUAAGAUCCAAGACCUCUCGAGGGCUCGAGCGGCUGACGGUGAACGAGCUGCGACACAGCAACAGGCCGCCGUCGAGGCUGCUGUUGAAAAACUUCGUAACGAGCUGCAGAGCGCACCACCCUCUGCUUCAUCCGACGAAGUCGUCGCGCGACAUGCGCAAGAGCUGCGUGACUUGGAGUCCAAGCUGACUGCCAAGUUCAACGAGGAGAUGAAGGCUGCCGUUGAGAGUGCUGCCGCCGCCGCUCGUGCGGAGUCCCUUGCUUCAUCAUCAGCCGGUGGUGAUCAGCAGGUAGCGAUCCAAGAAGCCCUAGCUGCGCACGAGCGAAAGUUGAGGGAACAGCAUGAGACGGAGAUCGCUGCGGCCGUAGACCGGGGCAGGAUGGAGGCAGCCGCCAAAGGGAAGCUGAAGGAUCAACAGCUUGUCAAAGCGCAGAACAAGCUGAGGGAACUCGAAGCUCAGAUCCUUCAAUGGAAGCAAGCGGGUAUUAUCAAGGAGACAACACCCACAGGCGCCAAACCCGCGGCUGUCAGCGCUGCAGUACCUACUGUGGCGAAACCUACAGCUGGGACCUCUGCUACUGCUGCCUCUACCUCCACCGUUGCUGCUACCGGCGCCAAGGCGCUUCCUCGCAAGCCAUCAUUGAAUGCUGCUGGGCAACCGGCACAGGCUGUAUUGGCUGCCGGGGCCGGACGUGGAAGGGGGGCGACUGUGCGUGGUGCCGCUCGUGGUGCUGCACAAGGCCUCUCGAUCAAAGGAACGGCGGCAGGUCGUGAUGCUCCCGCUCAGGCACCGGGCGGUACAGCAACUGAGGGCAGUGGCGUAUCGAUUAUGGGGGCAGCUAGCAAACGUGCACGUGAAGAAGGCGACGCGUCGUCAGGAGAGGACUCCCUCGCCAAACGACUCAAGCCCGCUGACGGCAACAGCAAACCUAUAAUGUUGCGCCGGGAUCGUGUGCCUCCACCAUCAUAGCUUCCACAGACAAUCAUCCGCUUAUUAUCCCCGUACUAGUAGCAUCGCGUUUCCGUCACCGCAUCACAGUUUUGUUAAGUUAUACGCUUGUAUCAGUCGGAAUGUAGUAUCUUGCACUCAAAUCAUCGCAUCUUGGCUGUUUGAAAGACACAGCAGCUGGACAUGAGAAGCAUUGGUUCGAUC